GCUUCAAAAAGAACACUCAUAAUAUUCUGUGAUAUAAAACCUUUGGCACUAGCAGGCAGUGUACCUUAAGAUUCUCCUCUCUGAACUAUUUCUUUUUCUUCAUCUUUGAGUCGUGAUGAAGCAGGAAAUUGACUACAAUUUUGAAUAAGCAUUACGCAAAGCCGGCAAGGAGCAAGCUGAGCGUGCAAUUGUACAGACCCUUGCUUCUGCUUUUCCAAUUUUCUUAUCUGUUUGCAUCUUCAUCUCUCUCCAUCAGUCUUUUUUUUUUAAUUUGUUGCUAAUUUUGAGACUUCUAAGGUGUGCAUUGGCCAAAAAGAAAGGUGUGUUAUGGUUGGAGUAUUGUGUAACCCAAGCCACCGUUGACUAUAUGGGCAGCAAGUUAGAUGUGAUCGGUUGUGUACUUCAAAAAAUUAUCUUCUCAUGAAGUUGGUUUUCUGUACUUGGCUCAUUUAAUUAGUACAAAAUUAACACAGGAUUUAUCUAUUGGUGGUUUCUGGUACAUAGGUUUUAUCAAAAACUUAGUCUAAAUCUCUAGACUUUGCUAUUUUUAUAUGAUGAGUUAUACGGGCAGGGGUUUUAUCAUUAAGUUGGAGGUUGUCCGGUUCUUGGUGUAAAUUCUCUUUGCCUUAGCGCUUUGUCAGGUAUAUCCAGAUAUCAUUUAGAUCUCUGUUAUUGGUGCGUAUAGUAAUUUGGCAAAUCAUGACAGAAGCUUCAGGCGUUUGUGUUUCGAUGACCCCAAGGUGGGAUUCCAAAGUUCAUGAAGUUGCUCAGAGCAGUUUCAGACGCGCCAAUCACCUCUUUAGUUGCAUUUCUGAUCAAAGUCAAAAGAGAAGCAUUCAAGAAGUAAGUCUUAUGGCUCAAGAUGCAGUAAAUGGAUUCAGAAAAUUGCUUACCCUCCUUGAUGGAUCAAGAGGAUCAGACUGCAAGAGGAUCAGAAAGGGUCCUUUGCCAAAAUCCCAUAAAGUAAAACCAAUUGAAUUUAUGGAUAGCCCCAAUUUUGCACCUCAAAGUUCUGAUUACAAAUCAAGUCAACCGCAUAUUCCCAGACAAUCAGUCUCUCCGCAGACUAAUCAAUCAAAUACUGGUUUGAUUCCCAGAAAUGUGGUGGUUUUGCCAAAUUCGAUCAUGGGGUUGCAUCAGUCUUCAAUACUGCCAAGCAUAUCUAUGUUUCGUUUAGAUGCACGAAGCAACAUGGACAAGAAGACAAUUCCCCAGUCAUCAUCAGAAAUCCUGGUUUCUCAGGAUGAGUCUUGCUUGUUUCCAUCCAAGAGAAAGGUUGGGACGGAGAGUGAAGAAGCUAGUACAAAAUGUGCAGCCUCGACUGGUGGAUGUCACUGCUCAAAGGGAAGGAAACUGAGAAUAAAGAAAACUGUUCGAGUUCCAGCUGUAAGCAAUAAAUUAUCUGAUAUACCUCCAGAUGAUUAUUCUUGGAGGAAAUAUGGACAGAAACCCAUUAAAGGAUCUCCAUAUCCUAGGAGCUAUUACAAAUGCAGCAGCAUGAGGGGAUGCCCUGCUAGAAAGCACGUGGAACGAUGUUUGGAGGAUCCAACCAUGUUAGUUGUGACUUAUGAAGGAGAUCAUAAACACUCGAGGAUUACAUUUCAACCAUCCAAUGUGAUGGUUUAAGGUCAGAAGCUGAAUCAAUCCAAGGAACUUCCACGCCAAUAUUCCCAAGCUAGAUGUGCUUCUGCCUGUGUUAGGAAAUUCCUUAGGAUUUUGUUUCUCUGUUUUUCAAGGAGAGAAUCCUGUUUUCCCUUGUGAAUGUUCAUAAACUACUGCAGUUUCAAGUCUCUGUCUCUUCCUUCGGUGUAAGGGUAACUUCCACAAAUGAGUUGAAAGAACAAUCAUCGUACAUAUUUCAGUUAAAAAUGUUCAUUCAGUUUUUUAAGAACUGUCCCUGA